AUGUUCAUAUUGUAUGGAAAUAUUAUCGAACGUGUUACUGCAUUAUUUUUCUUAGUAGAAAACUUGCUUCCUGAAAGGUUUGAUUUCGCGGUAUCGUGGUGCCUGGAGGUCUUGGUUUAUGUGGGGCAUCCUGGUGGAUGGCAAGCAACCCUGACAAGGUACGAAGUGAAUAUAAAUCAUUCUCAGGGUAAAGUGCUGCCUAGUGUAAGAGUUUCAGAUCCAGGUCUUCUACUUAAACCUGACGAACCAAAUUUGAUUAUAAUGGCAAAACCAGUAGGUGGCCCUAAUAAGAAAGAUCAGCAUGCAGGGAUGGAUGAGGACUAAUUUUGUGUGUAUGACAAUUGACUAUCUUUGCUUGUAUUGCUCUAUGUUAGGGAUCUUUUGUUCCAUUUUAGUAACAAUUUUGUUUAGGAGAAAAAGAAAUAUAUUGCAGUUCAUGCUUUGUA